UCCCUUUUCCUUUGGUACAAUACCCGCUUAAUUCUCUUCUUUUUUGUUCGCUUCGCGUUCGCGUGAUUGAUCCCCUGGUCUUUCGUUCCUCGAAAGGAAUUUGAACUAUGAAAAACGGCAAGGGGAAGGGAGCAGCUGAUGAUCGGAUGGUUGGCAAGCGAAAGGCCGCUCUAAAGCCUGACAAGAGCAGGGCAAAAAUGUCCAAGAAGGCGAGGAAUGCCAAGAAAGAUCCCAACAAACCAAAAAGACCGCCCAGUGCUUUUUUUGUCUUCCUUGAGGAGUUCAGAAAGACCUUUAAGGCAGAAAAUCCUAAUGUGAAGGCUGUAUCAGCUGUGGGGAAGGCUGGAGGAGAGAAAUGGAAAUCUCUGACUACUGCUGAGAAAGCUCCAUAUGAAGCCAAGGCUGCAAAAAAGAAAGCUGAGUAUGAAAAACUCAUGAAUGCAUAUAAUAAAAAGCAGACAAACUUAGUCAAUGACAGAGAUGAGGAAUCGGAUAAGUCCCAGUCUGAAGUGCAUGAUGAAGAGGAUGAAGCCAGUGGAGAGGAAGCACACCAAGAAGAGGAGGAUGAAGAGGAGAACGAUGAAGACGACGAUGAUGAAGAGGAUGACUGAAUGCUGCUCACAUCUUAGUUCAUGAUGUCUCCUAUGUUAGGAGGCUACUAUGUUGUAGUUCAUGUUCACUAGUUACUGGGCUACUGUAUGUUAGUCCUUGUACUUUAGUUCAACUUUUUAGCAUUGGAGCCUGAAAUGUGUUGGCUUAAAAGUACCAUAGUUUUCUUUUACAUCAAAUUGGUACUUACAUAUGCAGCCAAAGCAUCUAUGUAUUUUGUACACAAAGAACUUGGUAUGAAUGAAAGAUAAAGUUUAACCGAAUUGUUCAGCAAAA